GAUUACAUCAAUCAGGUAUGAAUUGCUUUGGAUGCUGGGAUAUAAUGAGACUAGAUUGGCACUGUAUGGAUGACAGGAAUGCAAGGGAGAGAAUUAAUGACUAAAAAGGCGAUGUUGUUAACCGAAUGAGUGUUUAUCAGCGUGUGGUGUUUGGCUGGAUUUAUUGGAAUUCUUUUAUUAAUUUAAUUCCAAACUCUGUAUUGAUUUUAUACCUCUGCUGGGAGUUAAUUUUUUACUACAGAUGUGUGGUAUGUUUUUCUCCAGUGUUGCUUUUCAUUAAAGAUGAACUUAGUGAACUGUUGUAUCUGCUUGUUAGACAACUUGCUUAACCGUAAUGGGCUGGCUUUAUGAGUUUUUGGUGAGAUAAACUUAUGGUUCAGUUCAAAUCUCUUACUUGAGUGAUAAGCUUGUUUUUCUUUUUUUUAAUUAAGGGUUCUGCAUUUUAUUUCAUGUAAUAGGAAGGAUUUUAAAGCUUUAAGUCUUACAAUUGAGUUAAAAAGAUGAUGUGACAUAAAAAAAUGACCUUUAAGAAAGACUGAAUGGCAUGUUGAUGUACAUUUCUUAUGAAUGUCUAGUGAAGCCAAGGCUACUGGAAUCUUUUGGAAUAUUGUCUUAGUUCAAUGCAAGUUUGAUCAAUGCUGGACAAUAACAUGGCUGCAAUUAGAGGAUGUAUUAUUUUGUUACUAUGGCAACACAAGCUUUGAGUGAAUGCAAGCUGGCCUGAUGGUCAAACUGCCCACAAACAUCCAAUUAGACUCCAGCUUUUACCUUUAGAACAAGAACAAAGACCUUUCAUUUUUUUACCCUCUUGAUUUUCCCACAAGAAACCUUUGGGAUCCACGUUUUUUUUUUUUUUUUAUGAUUUUUGGUGCCUACUGCCACGGUGUUUUUGUUUUUUCUUUGGCGAAGGAGCAGGGGCCGUGGUAGUAGGUCUCAAAGCUUAAGUGACUCUUCCUCUCAGAGUAUGGCUAGACCCCCAGACCUGGACAAGAAGAAACACAAGGAGCGCGACAGACACAAACCGAAACACAAAAAGUCUGCAAUGGACAUGUCCCCCUCGCUCGUCCUCCCAAACAUCAUGGGCCCAGAAAAGCCCUACAAUAGCGGAAGUUCGGGAGGAGCUGUCAACUCUCUACCAGCAUCCUCACAGAAGAGAUUGGACGACAACGCCGCCCGGUUCACCAACGCCAACUUUCAGGAAGUGUCUUCCUCUCACUCUGGCAGCAAUAGCAAUUCCAAGGAUGGUUUAGCCGCUGAUCCAGGCAAGUCGGCGUCUGAGGUGAAGAACAAGAAGAACAGCGGCGCGGGUCAUGCGGUGGGGUCCAGAGUCGGGCGCAAGUCCCUCACCUCCUCAGGGAAGCCUCUUCCCUCCACUGUGGUCACUAUGGCAACCUCCUCUACUUCUGUGUCUGCUUCCACUGGCCCUUUCCAUCAAGGCCUCUUGUUGACCAGUGCCAGCAAAACCCCGUCUGCACCUUCUACCGACUUCAUAAGUUUCACAGACUCAUCGUUGCGUCCCGGUAGUGGAACUACUUUUUCUUCUCCGCCAUCCUUCAGCAGCUGCCUCGUCAAACCGAGCUCAGAGGGCGGAGCUUCUGAAGGAACAACAACUCUUUUUGGUUCUCUCAUGUCUCCUUCGACAGCUUCUGCAGUGGGCGGGAAGCUGUAUGAGAAUUCCCACAGUCACACAACAGGCGAGACACCAAGCCUUGUUGGGUCCACCGGCUACAAACGGCCCCAACCUUCCAGUGCCGGACUUGGAAUUGGCGGAGCCCCUACCGCAGGGACAGAAGAUGGGGUGAAGAAGAAAAAGAAAGGCAACUGGAGGAACAGAUUUGGACCUUGCUUUACCACAGAUGUGAAGCCCACUGAGCCAGCGCCAUCCUUAACUCUCCCCACCUCGUCCUCAGCCAGCGCCUCCUCCUCCACCGCUUCUAUUGCUGUCUCGGCCUGCUCCACGCUCUCAGGCCGGCCAGGUUUAGUUUCCAGCAGCGGAUUAGGAGUGGGAAUGGGAGGAGGAGCAGAACGGGGGCUGGGGGUCAUGGGCGUCGGUGCCGGGAUUCAGAAAUCCCCGUCACUCCUCAGGAACGGAAGCUUGCAAAGCAACAGCAGCUCCACGUCUACUGUCUCAGGUGUCUUCUCUGGAGAUGGCUCAUCGUCAGGGAGCGGAGUUGUUGCCAUGGGCGGAGCAAGCUCGGAGUUGUCACAGCAACCGCAGCCCACUCCUUCCCUGGCCCCGCCCUCUCCAUUCACAGCUACUGCACCACUUAACAGCACAGCCUCCACACACGUGAGCGGUCUGCCAGGAUCAGUCUUCAACCUGGCACCUCCUCACAUGUUUGGGAACAGACUGAACCCAAACUCCAGCAUGGCAGCUCUCAUCGCUCAGUCUGAGGCAACACCAGCAGAUCAGGAGGUGGGAGACGGCAGCGGCGGAUCUCAGGGCUUUCCCGUAAGAGCUUCUCCCAAGACCACCCCGCGCUCUCCCAUUGGUGGCCUGCAGAUCCGCUAUGACUCUUUGGGGUCGUUGCCAGGGCCGGGGCUUGGGUUGCUAGGGUCUGGGGGAGGCGUCGGAGAGACGCUGCCCCCGGUGGCCACCAGUAUCGAGCAGCUCCUCGAAAGGCAGUGGAACGAAGGGCAGAGCUUCCUGCUGCAGCAAGGGGCUCAAGGAGACGUGGUGGGAAUGUUGAAGUCGCUCCAUCAGCUGCAGGAAGAGAACAGGCGUCUGGAGGAGCAGAUCAAAACGCUCACCAUGAAGAAAGAGAGGCUGCAACUUCUCAGCGCUCAGCUCUCCGUGCCUUUCACCCCUUCGACUGCCUGCUCUGAGGUCAGAGGAACCCAGGCGGGAGUCAGCGACUCGUCUUUACCUGUGGCAGCUCAGGACACUGCUUCAUGCGGAGGCCACAGCAGCAAUGGCUCCACCUCCUCACUUUCCACCCCUCCCUCCGUCUCCCAGAGCCCCCCUCAGCCGGCUCUCAAUGGGGUUGCGACCACAGCCGGGCUGAGUGGCGUGACGGGCCUGAUCGGCGCUCUGGGGGCGGGAAACGUGCUGGGCAUCGGGGGGAUCGUCGGAGCCCUAAACGGUGUGAUCCAGACGCCGGCAGGCACCGCCAGCCCCCACACACACACUACAGGAGCAGCUGCAGGCGUCACUCUGCCCGUCAAUAGCAGCAGCUCAGCCACUAGUAAGAACAGCACGACGCGGCUCGGCCUGUUAUCGGAGCAGCAGAGGCUCCUCCUGCAGCAGCAGCAGCUCCAGCAGCUGCUGGCCUCUCAACCUUCAGGGGAUCAGCAGCAGGUGUUGCUCUACCAACUGAUGCAGCAGCAGCAGGACCUCCAGCAGCUGCAGUCCCUCUCCUCCUCUGCCCAGAUUCCCUCCAUCUCCCUCUCCUCCGCUCAGAUCCCCAUCAACAACCUGCUGCCCGGCACCCCGAGCCAAGGCCAAGGCGCCAUCACUGCCAACCCCUUCCUGGCGCUGCAGCACGCACACACUGACACGCACGGCUCAGGGGCGCAGAAGCCUCGGCUAGCCGAGAAAGCCGUGGGCGUCGCAGGGCAGGAGAAGACAUGACGGCAUAUGUUCUUUUGUUUUGGAGUUGUUGCUUUUUUUUUUAAUUCAAUAAUUAUGCAGAGUUUGAAAUCAGUCUGUUGGUCAACCUUGAGAGAAAUCUGAGCAGAUCGUUUUUUUCAGUGUAAAGGAUGGGAAAAGCCGUCACUGUAGCUGGACCUUCCUUUGUUUUUGCAGCUUUAUUUUGUGUCAACUCACACUAUUUAUUCCUUUGAAACUUUAGAUAUUGUACUUUAUACCUCUAGUGCUGCUUUUUAUUACUUUUUUGUCGGAUUAUCGUAUUUUUAUUUAAUUUUCCUAAUAGUAUAUAAUUGUUUAGAACCUGUGAUUUUUGUUUAAUUUUCCGGUAAAUUAACAAGUUGAAUUACCAGAAAUGGCUUUUAUUUGUUCUUCUGCUCUUCCUUCCACGACGGUCCGGUCUUCUCUGCUGUUUUCUCUCAGGGGCCUCAGCCAACCAGAGCUGCUCACUCAACACUCAAGCAAGCGCAGCCGCAACUACAAAGUUAACCAGAAAAAAGAAAAAAAAAUGACAGCAGUUCAUGCUCAAACACAGAAAAUAGUUCCUGAGAAUAGCAGUGAGCAGUAGCAGAUGAAUGUUUGACAUCUGUCUCGCUGUAGUCCCAGGAGGAACUCUGGGUCAGCGUAGUGAAAAAAGCCCACAUGUUCUCCCCACGUCUGCAAGCCACUCACGUCAGCGAGCCGCGGUCACCACAGAAGCCUUGCGAUCGACUGUUCUUAUCUGGGCCAGAUACAGGGGGCUCAAUCUGGAAUGUGAAAUGUUUUAAAAAAAAUAACACAAUUUUAAUCUUCAGAGGGAUCCAUUAAUCCACACUCUAAGCAAUGCAUUUCAUCUUCCUGACUCAGCCCCCUGCUGCAUCUACCUCUUGAGCAGGACCUAAAAGGCCAGCGGCAGUGGCCAUUUGCAGACCCACCACAGUCAGGACUGGCCAAUCAGGGUCCAAACCCAAGUGCCUGAGGCCCAAGGAGGUUUUUUUUUGUUACCUUUACGUCUGCCUACUUUUUCCACAAAGCCACUGGUGAAAAGCUGCAUUGCUACUGCAAAAUCACAAGAAAAGAAAAAAAAAAAACACUCGCUCCAUCGGGGCUGCUGUCUCUUUAAUAAAUUAGGAAGUUUUAUUCUGCUGCAUUCUGUAAUAUCAAAGUUGUGCUUUUUAUUUAUCUGGAGGGUUUUGUCUGUGUGUGUGUUGGGCAUAAGAUAAUAUAUUUUACAGCCCGAUAGUUUUGUGAUUUCACAUUUUGUACUACUGUGUACAGUUUUGUCUCUUCCCUACAGUCUCAUUUUGCUGUAAACCAAUUCCUUCAAUUUAUGUGUUUGAAAGCUACUUUUGGUGCUGGGGGGGUGUACAUAGCUGUUUGUAGGAGAGGAGGAAGUGUUCAGGGGCCUUCAGUGGCGCCGGUUUUACCUCUUUAAGUGUACAUAAACCUUUCCCAUUGGCCGUUGGUGUAUAUAAGUGAUCGUGAUUGGCCGUGCCGGUGUAAAGGAAAGCAAAUAACACCUCAGUUUGUGUGUGUGAAUCUUUAGGACCAGACAAUUAAGAUUGACAAUGACUGGACAGCAAAAGUAUUAAUUUAUUUUUAUAUGUGCAGGGACAUUGUGGUUUUUUUUUUUUUUUUUUUCUAAAUAUGCACCAUUUUCUUGAUGGUUUUAUACUCUGAGCACCAUGUUUACAUCUGUGCACAUCUGUUUGGAUCAAUUUUGUACAGAUGGAAAAUAAUUUUUUUUGAGGGGGGAAGUGGGUUUAACAAUGUAUUGCAAAACACAAAAAUGAACACUUUGGAUUAAAUAACUAAAGAAGUC